UUUUAUCGUUCUUCAUCGAUUCAGGUCGAAGGCGUUCAACGUGUUCCGCAACACGUUACGUUUCUAUAAACUUUAUGUGGGCGGGGAGGCGAUGUCUUUAGCUGUUUCCGUGCUAACCUGUUAGCUUGCCGGCCGCCAAUGACGAAUUUAUAAAGUUAUCAUCUGCAGGGACGGAUUGUGAGACAGGGCACAGUCAGAUUUGCGUAAACAGGCCAGGCAGGUGGAGAAUGAGCUGGACCUCAAGCUGGUCUCCUUCAGUAAGCUCUGCACCAGCUACAGCAGCAGCAGCAACAGGGACCAGCGGACAAGAGAAAGCAGGUCUGAUUCUGGCUCAUCUCAAGACAAAAUGCUGGUGGCAAUGACUACUGAGCUUGAGCAGCUCUUGGCCAGUCUUACAGUUAUCAAUGACAAAAUGGCAGAAUACACAAACACUCCGGGAGUUUCGUCACAUAAUGCAGCAUUGAUGCACACCCUACAGAGACACAGAGAUAUUUUACAGGAUUACACCCAUGAGUUCCACAAAACCAAAAGCAACUUCUUCAGCCUGCAAGAGCGAGAGGACCUACUGGGCUCUGUUCACAGAGACAUUGAGUCCUACAAGAGCAGCUCAGGGGUGAAUAACAGAAAGACUGAGCUCUUCCUGAAGGAACAUGAACAUCUCAGAAACUCAGAUAGACUUAUUGACAACGCAAUAAGCAUCGCCAUGGCUACCAAAGAGAACAUCACAUUUCAGCGUGGGAUGUUGAAGUCCAUUCAAACCAGGGUCACAACUUUGGCCAAUCGUUUCCCCGCCAUCAACGGUCUCAUCCAGAAAAUCAAUUUGCGCAAGAGGCGGGACUCUUUAAUUCUUGGCGGGGUGAUUGGCGUCUGCACCAUACUCCUGCUGCUAUACACUUUCCACUGAUUCACUGGUCAGUUGACCUUCUUGAAGAGCAAAAAAAAUCUUCAUUGUAGCUCAGUCCAAUGUUGCUGAGACUUUUCAAAAGGUUUUCAUAUAUUUCUCCCUCUAUUGUAAUUUACUUUCCUUGAAACAACAGUUUAAAAAGAAAGGAUUUUAAGAUAACAUGACAUUGAAAAUAAGUCUUAAUUGAAAGUGAAAUAGUUUCAACUCUCAGACUGGAGAUUUUAUUUAUUUUCUGAACUAUGUUAACACUUACAUCUGGGAAUUUAUAUUUUGCUGCUUAUAUCCUGUUGUAAAUUUAGCUCCUUAUAAAUGUAUGAAACAAUAUUUUACCGGGAUUGUGCACUAUGCAUGUCGUACUUUUUUAUAUAGUAUCGGCGGUGCCUAAUAAAAUAAAGGUGAUGAGCUCA